CUCGCUCUGUCGCAGUUUCGUACCCUCGUCGGCUCGCCCUCGUGGCUGGUGGCUCGCUUUUCUUGCUUCUUGCCUCUUGCUCCGUCGCUCGCUGUCGCUGGUCGCUCGCUGCCUCUCGAUUGUGGAUCGAUUUAUCACUCAUUAGAUUCAGUCUUUAAAAUCUGCUUCAGAUCUGCUUUUCGGUGGCUCUGACUCCAGUCUCCUGAUCUGCUUUAACUUUCUCUCUAUCUGAUUUCUUAAUUAGCGGUGGUUGCAUAUAUACUUUGCCAUCAAAAUGGAGCUUUCCUCAGGGUCACAACGAGAACCCCAUGCAAGGACACUUCACAUAGCAAUGUACCCUUGGCUUGCCAUUGGCCACAUCAUCCCUUUCCUCGAAACAUCAAACAAACUAGCAACCAAAGGCCACAAAGUCUCGUUCUUGAUUCCCCCAAGGACACAAUCCAAACUAGCACAUUUCAAUCGCCACCCCCAUCUCAUCACCUUUGUCCCCAUCACACUCCCUCCUGUGGAAGGGCUCCCUCUUGGUGCGGAGACCACCGCGGACGUGCCCUCCUCCUUGGGCACUCUCCUCAUGGACUCCAUGGAUCGCACCCAGCCUCAGAUUGAAGCUAUCCUGCGUCGUCUGAAACUGGACGUUGUCUUCUUCGAUUUCACCCACUGGUUGCCAGCUCUGGCGCGCCGGUUGGGGAUCAAGUCUGUAUUCUAUUGUGUAGUUAACCCCUCGACGAUCGCCUAUACAUUGUCCCCAGCAAGGCGCCUUCCUGGCAAAGAGUUAGCCGAGGUCGACAUGGCUCAACCCCCAGAAGGGUACCCGCUUUCGGCGAUGAAGCUCCAUGCCCACGAGGCCAGAGCCUUUCAAGCUCGAAGGAAGAAGAAGUUUGGCGGAGACAUGCUGUUCUACGACCGCCUUUAUGCUAGCUUGUACCAAUGUGAUGCACUAGGCUUCUCGACGUGUGGGGAGAUUGAAGGGCCAUUCUCUGACUAUCUCGGGAGCCAAUACGAGAAGCCUGUGUUGCUUUCGGGGCUAUUCGUAAACGAGCCACCGAGCUCGUCGUCUUUGGAUGAAAGAUGGGCCAUCUGGCUCGGCAAGUUCAAGGCUGGGUCGGUUGUUUAUUGCGCCCUUGGAACUGAGUGCAGCUUAACAGAAGAUAAUUUUCAAGAACUAGUUAUGGGUUUAGAGCUAACAGGUCUGCCAUUUCUGGCCGUGCUUAGGCCGCCAGUUGGGUCUGAGUCCGUCGAAGAGGCAUUGCCCGAGAGUUUUAAUGAAAGAAUUCAAGACAGAGGGGUCGUCUAUGGAGGAUGGGUCCAUCAGCAGCUGAUCUUGGGGCACCCUUCAAUUGGGUGCUUCCUCACGCACUGCGGCCCAACCUCACUGCGAGAAGGAUUUGUGAGCCACUGCCAGCUAGUGCUGCUACCACAUAUGGGGGAUCAGAUGAUCAACGCAAGGCUGGCAAGUCUAACCUUGAGGGUGGGCGUUGAAGUGGAAAGAGGAGAAGAAGAUGGGUCCUUCACAAGGGACAGUGUGUGUGGGGCUGUGAGGUCUGUGAUGGAUGAAGACAGUGAAGUGGGGCAAGAGGUUAGAGGAAAGCAUGCUAAAUUGAGAGAGCUUCUGGUAAGCAAAGAUUUCGAUGCCUUUUACACUCAGACUUUCAGUGAGAAACUAGCAGACAUAUGCUUGCAUGAAUAAUAGUAGGCUUAAGUGGCUUGCUUGAAGUGUCUCAUGAAUGAUUUUGAGAAGGUUUGUGUCACUAUUUUAUGUGGGGUAUUUGUCAUGAUGGGGUGUCCCGUGCUUUUGUUUAAUGCCAUUGUUUCAGUGUGUGCGUUCACUAAACAUGUGUAGUAAAGUGAUAGUUGAAGUAUGUCUUGAUUUUUA